GUGAUACUCUUGUCUCGAUUGGAUAAAAAAGGAAGGACAAAAAAUAUCGUGACGAAGUCGAGAAGAACCGAAUUCGUCCUCCCCACCCCUUGUCAGUGGUCAUCAUCAUCAUCGUCGUCGUCAUCGUCGUUGUCGUCGUUGUCGUCGUUGUCGUCGUUGCUAUCACUGUCGUUAUCGCUGUGUACUUUGAUGCGCGAGUGCGUGAGUGUGCAUGAAAGUCCACCCCCACCCACCCCCUCGAAUCCCCCUUCUUCUUCCACUUCCUCUUCUUCUUACUUCUUCGUCGUCUUCUUCGUCUCCUACGCGGAUCGUCACGUUCACGCCGUAUUUUAGGCGACGAUUCAUAUUUUCGUCCACGCUAGCUCUCUCUCUCUCUCUCUCUCUCUCUCUCUCUCUCUCUCUCUGUCCUUCUUCCUCUUUCUCAGUGGCCUAUUGCGCAAGCAGGUAGUCGGAAAUAGCACCGUAGCUCGCGGUUAUGAAUUGAUAGCAAACACAUGCUGGACACGACUGUGAGCUUCUCUAACUUCGCUAUCACCUUCUUCUUCUUCAUCUUUUCGUCAUCUUCGUCAUCGUCGUCAUUUUAAAAGACACUAUCCAGUCGUGGAGAACGUUAGUCGUCAUCGUACGAUAUUCUCUUUUUCUUCUUCUUUUUUUUCUUCUUCUUCCUCUUCCUCUUCCUAUUCUUCUAAAAUGAUAUAAUUCUCUAAGUUUUAUAUACUUUCAAUCUCUUUCGUACGAGAAUGCGUCUUCUUCUUCUCGAGUUUCGUCGUAAUCGUUAUCGUGGUGGAGUCAAACCGUUCGUCGUUGUUCUCGUCGAAGGUGACUUUUUGCGAAGGAAGGUCUCGUCGCGGGGCAGCUCUGAACGACUGCCGACCGCGCACGUGCACCGCCAUCAUCGAUAUUCGGCCUAAUGACAGUAUCUCGGGGUUCGUGCAUGUUCGCCGAUUAUACGAGGACGACGGCACACAUGUACGUGGACUACGCUACUACGGACGCAUACGUCGGAAUGGGAAUCAAGGCCAUGAAGUCGUAUGGCAGGCCGAGAGAUAUACCGGCACAAGUGCCGCCAUUAACGCCUGGUACCAACAAAAAAAUGACAGAGGCCCUAGAGGCCUCUUUCGCUUCUUGGGAGAAGGAACGAGUACGUCUAAAUAUAACGAAAGACCCAAGGCAAUGGUCGGAAGCAGCUGUCGCCCACUGGUUGCAUUGGGCUAUCGGUGAAUUUUCGUUGGAGGGUGUGGCCAUGCAACCCUGGCAGCACAUGACCGGAAAACAGAUUUGCGCUAUGGGAAAGGAACCCUUUUUAGCACGUGCCCCGGCCUUCAUGGGUGAUAUUCUAUGGGAACACCUCGAAAUACUUCAGAAAGAUGUCGAUGCUGAAAAGGCCUCAUUGGAGAAUACUACGGCGAAUAACUUGUACGAGAGCGUAUGCGUCCCAGAUUUAGGUGAUUUUUUGGGAUAUCAGGAUUCAUCCGGUCAUCAGGAACACAAGAGUCCAGCUACAACACCGGCUAAUUCUAACAACACUAACUCGUCCGGCCAAACGCACGGUCCUACCACUCAGGCAACAGCCCCUACGACGCAACAGCCAUCGUCCGGCGCCGUUUCUUUGGCUUCGAGACAAUAUCAUAACGACGGAGGUUAUGCGCAUCUACGCAGUCCCGUUUGUCAGGAUGAAAGUCAAAGGGAAGAGACUUCGCCACCACCUCACAGCCAUAGUACACAACCUCCUAAUUCUCAUUCCAGUACACCCACGGGGAAUAACAACAAUAACAAUAACAAUAACGCAAAUAAUGCUUAUAUACACCUACGAAAUUUAAAUGAACUCAAAACGGAAUCUAACUACAGCAGCCAUAUAGCGGCGGAACACUUACAAGGAGGAGCCGGCGGAUUGGCCAGUGGUGGUGAUCUCGGUGCAACGGGGACCAAUGAGAGCGAACUUAGGGUUAGCAAUACUGGGACGACGGAAGAUUAUAUUACACCCGCGCAUUAUUCUGGAUAUGAUGAGGCCUCUGAUUAUCACGGUCUAUCGCAGGAUCAUCAAACUCCUCAUACCUAUAAUCUGGAUAGUUCGCCAGAAUUUUACAGUACCAGUGGUAUUCACCUCGAACCGAAGUAUCAGCCAUCGCCGUUCAAAAAUUAUCCUCGAGCGAGAUAUCACGAAGGAUACAGUGAAAGUGGGGGAUACAGUCAAUACGAUGCGACACCAUUUCAGACGGUUCCUGGAAGUGGAAAUACAGCUACUGGAGCUGCUGGUGUUGGAAGUGAACAGUGGGGUGUUGCACCUAUCGGUGAACAUCUUUCUCAUCAUCCAGCGUUUAUCGCGAGUCUUGGCUCGAGAGAUUCAUCUGGUGCUCAUCAUCCACCUUCCAUUGGUAGUAACGCCGAUCAAAAGCCUCUCCUACAGAGUGCAAUGAUCGCAGCUAGUUAUACCGGUGAUAAUUGUGCAGGUGGUGGUCCAUAUUUCACAGGUUCAGGACCAAUACAACUCUGGCAAUUUUUAUUGGAACUAUUGACCAAUAAAUCAUGUCAGAGUUUCAUCUCGUGGACGGGAGAUGGUUGGGAAUUCAAACUUACGGAUCCCGAUGAAGUUGCACGACGCUGGGGUGUUCGCAAAAAUAAGCCUAAAAUGAAUUACGAAAAAUUAAGCCGCGGUCUCCGAUACUAUUACGAUAAAAAUAUUAUACACAAGACCGCUGGGAAGCGUUACGUCUAUCGUUUCGUUUGUGACUUACAAAAUCUAUUGGGAUAUAGUGCCGAACAACUCCAUGCAAUGGUGGACUUGAAACCGGAAAAGAAGGAAGAAGACUGAGCUUUCUAUAAUGAAUGUGUUGUUUUAGGACAAUGUUACUGAUUAUAAACGAAUAUAACUAAUUUCUACGGCAUCGUGCAAAGAGAGUUUAACAAGGGGAAUUAAAAAAGAAAAAAAAAAAAAAAGAAAGAAAGAGAAAGAGAGAAAUAACAUAAAAGAAAGAUAUAAAUAAUAAAGAAGAGAUAAAGAACCAAACAAACGCACGAGAGUACGAAUAAAAUAAUAAUUGUUUAAAUUGCAGAAGAUCAUUGUUCUGUGUAUCCUUUAUUUGAAACGAAAUGAUGAUAUCGAUUCGGUCGCAUGUACCAAAGACAGGGUCUGCAUACCAUUGGUGCCUAAAGUUUUAAUGACUAAAUUGUGAGCUUCUUCCUAGGUGAGUGGGAUACACCAGGGCAGAGAUUCUGUGUCAGAAACUUUUUGCUAGAUCACGUGAUUUAGAAUCGACCAAGUGUGUGUGUCUUACCGAAGAAAAGAAAAAAAAAAAGAAAGAAAAAAAAAAAGAAAAGAAAAGAAAAGAAAAGAAAAAAAAAAAGAGAAAAAGGAACAAAAGAGAAAGGAAAUG